AUGGAUAUCGACGACAUCCUUCGGGAAGUCGACCCGACCUUUCAUAGCAUACCACAAGAAAAGCGCGAUCUCCAAGAGCUCACCCGCGCCUGGAUCGCCGAGAGAUCUGCACCCGAGCUCCUGGCCUGGCCCGCCGACGGCCUCUUCGAGCGCAUCAAUGACAACAUCAAGCAGCAGAUCGAAAAGGUCGAGGAGAUGACGGGCGACAUGGACCCCAAGACCAACUUCGCCCUGAUCGUCAUCCAGACCGAGCUCGAGCGCUACCGCUACCUCGUGCGCAGCUACCUGCGCGCCCGCAUCGCCAAGAUCGACCGCCACACCCUGCACUACCUAUCGACCGACGACCUGCGCGCCCGCCUGUCCGAGAUGGAGCUGGCCUACGCGACCCGCCACCAGGCCCUGCUGCACAACCACUACCUGUCGUCCUUCCUGUCGUCCUUCCCGGCCAACCUCCAGAACCUGAACGACGCCGCCGCCGGCAUCAGCAUGAUCGAGACGCCCGACCUCGAGUCGGCCGUGUUUAUCCGCGCCCUCAAGGACACGCCCGUCGAGGCGCGCGGCGUCGACACGGAUGCGUACGCGGAUUUGAAGGAGAGCGACAUUGUUAUCUUGCGGUGGGCCGAUGCGAAAAAGCUGGUGGAGGCUGGGACCGCCGAGCUCGUUUGA